GUUUUCUCUUUGCAGGAGCCCAUGCUCAACACCCCCGCGGGAGCCUGGCCAGGAUCACUACUGAAGCCUGAGCCUGUCUCUGCUAGAAAUGGACGUUCCCAAGGCGCCCUCUGGUGGAUUUGGGGCUGGCCAUCUGUGAAUUCCAAGUGAUGUCCAACGUCCUCACGCCGAGCCCCAGGCCCUUGCCUGGGAACGGGACUCUGUACGAACAUUAUAGCUAUGUGGGCAAGCUGGCCGGCAGGCUGAAGGAUGCCCCCGAGGGCCGCACCCUCACCACUGUGCUGUUCUUGGUCAUCUGCAGCUUCAUUGUCCUGGAGAACCUCAUGGUUCUGAUUGCCAUCUGGAAAAACAACAAAUUUCACAACCGCAUGUACUUUUUCAUCGGCAACCUGGCUCUUUGUGACCUGCUGGCCGGCAUCGCCUACACGGUCAACAUUCUGAUGUCGGGCAAGAAGACGCUGAGCCUCUCCCCCACGGUGUGGUUCCUGAGGGAAGGCAGCAUGUUCGUGGCCCUCGGGGCGUCCACCUGCAGCUUGCUGGCCAUCGCCAUCGAGCGCCACCUGACCAUGAUCAAGAUGAGGCCCUACGACGCCAACAAGAAGCACCGUGUCUUCCUCCUGAUCGGGAUGUGCUGGCUCAUCGCAUUCUCGCUGGGCGCCUUACCCAUCCUGGGCUGGAACUGCCUGCAAAACCUCCCCGACUGCUCCACCAUCCUGCCCCUCUAUUCCAAGAAGUACAUCGCGUUCUGCAUUAGCAUCUUCACCGCCAUCCUGGCGACCAUCGUGAUCCUGUACGCCCGCAUCUACUGCCUGGUGAAGUCCAGCAGCCGCAGGGUGGCCAGCCCCAACAACUCGGAGCGGUCCAUGGCGCUGCUGCGAACCGUGGUGAUCGUGGUGAGCGUGUUCAUCGCCUGCUGGUCCCCACUCUUCAUUCUCUUCCUCGCCGACGUGGCCUGCAGAGUGAAGGAGUGCGCAGUCCUGUUCAGGGACAAGUGGUUCAUCGUGCUGGCGGUGCUCAACUCCGCCAUGAACCCCGUCAUCUACACGCUGGCCAGCAAGGAGAUGCGGCGCGCCUUCUUCCGCCUGGUCUGCAACUGCCUGGUCAGGGCCCAGGGCGCCCGCUCCUUGCCCAUCCAGCUCGCUCUUGAUCCGAGCAAGAGCAAGUCCAGCGUCAGCAACAACAGCAGCCCCUCCCCGAAGAGCAAGGAAGACGUGCCCCGAGCGGUGAGCUCACCCUGCAUCACUGACAGAAACAAGACCCUGCACAACGGGACCCUCUGCAAGUGAGGGCCAGCCUCGAGGAGCAGGGUCCGACAUCUCUAUGGGAGGAGCACCCGGCCCUGUGACCACAACCUCAUUUACCGUGGGCAUCACCGGGGCUUUGCCAGAGCUGAGACUCGAGAAAUCUGUUCUGCCAUCGGCCUGCCGAGUGUGGUGUCUCUUAAGGCUGGGACUCAAGGACUCCCCAACCCAUUUCAGUGUAGACAGUGUUUCUUGUCCGUUUCAGGCUCCAAGCCUUCCAAAUGUCCCAAGCUGCUGCGGUCAGUGCAGCUCCCAGGUGACCUCCCCUGAGUCCCACCGUCGCUUACACGGUGCAGGACGCCGGGGUUUCAGGUGUCUGCUCUGGGCACGUGCAGGAGCCGCAGCACCCAGCGCAGCUCACGGGCAGCAGGAGCGCGUCCUGACCAAACCCCCAGCUAUCAGGACAUGACCGGGAACAAGGCGACACCAGUCCCAGUCUCAGGCAGACGUGAAGUCUGGAGCAGAGCAGGUUCUGAAUGCCAACAUUCUCAAAAAGGCCGUGUCAAGGCUGGUCCCAGAGUAUGGGUCCGACUCUCACAGUCCUGAGACAUGCAGAUCAGUGUCUGGAGGAUCCUGGUGAGAACAACCAAGUUCUGUGGGUACAGGACCCCGAGGACCUGUUGGGUGUCUCUGCACAGUUUUAAGGACACCCGGAGCCAAAUUAGCCAAAUUACAUGAUUAUUCACGAGUUUCCCCAAAUCAUGGAAAAGUUGUCCAAGGUCUUCCAGGAUCUUGAGCCCCGGACCAACUAAGAAAUGAACCCACUCGGGAGAAGCAAGGACAGACCCCUGGCCAGGCUCAUCUUUCCAAGUUGCCGGAAGCAGCCACCUGUUCAAUGGAAAAUUCCUGCUGAGUUAGGACAGGUUUACAAGACGGCGCUUAGCCCCUGUGUUCAGUUCCAUUCUGCCCCAGGAAAGCACAAGUCUAACCCCGGUGUUGUCACAGCCGAGGAGCUGGGCCAGCCGCAGUGGCAUGACCACCGGGAAGCCGACCUGGCAGGCACUGUCCGAGCAGCUUCAUUGUCAGGACAGGGAACGUGAGCUGGUGGCUUGUGCUCCCUUCAAAGAUGUACCGUCGUAACCGGAUUUUCAGCAUAGGCCGGCCCUGUGUCUGCCUCAUCAGGGGUCACGCGCGGGCGCGGGCGGCUUCCCCGAGGAUUCUGUCUGCGGGCCGGCGGAGAGAAACCCGCCACGCAGCUCUCGCAGCACAUGGCUGACGCGUGGAGCUCUGUGUAAAAACAAAGCAACCAACCUUCAAAAGGAUUCUGACUCGGGGAAGCCUCCCACGAGCGCCCCUGAAGUUCUUAGGUCCAGUGAGAAUGUUACCUGAGUAAAGACUAGAGUAGUGUUAAUGCAGUAACUUUUCUGCAAAGAAACUGACCCCUGUUUUAGCUGAUGCCAGCUCCUGUCACUAAGGGACAUUCCCGUGGGUCCUGGGGCAUCUCCAUGCACUGACCAGAGACUUUGUUCAUUGUUAUUACUGAUGACAUAAAUCCUUUUUGUAAGGAGAGACUCAUCAGUGGCAAUUUUUGCCACCUUCUUUAUGUCACUUAAAAGGAGCAUCUUUUCCGCACAACCUGAGAAAACCCAGGGCAUUUCUAGCAAGUUAAGCAUUAUGGUACUGGGUGAAGAAAAUGCACCAGAGCGCCGAAUGUCAGGUUUUACAUUUCACUUAGUCGUGACAUGACUUCAGAACUUUCUGUCAUAGCUCCAAGUUGCUUUGGGGGCCCAGAUCUCGGGGACUAAUAUUAAUGACACUUGGCACUGUAGCCACAACUUCCCUUUGAAAUAACACAAAGUGUUCAAGCAACUGAAUGAAAAAUACUCAAAAAAGUAAUUGUGCUCAUAUGAUAUGUGCAAAAAAUUAUCAACUUUAACGCAACGCGGGCACCCCUAGCUGUGCAGCUGGGGACGUAGAAGCUGACAGUUUCAGAGCCACGGGGAGACCUCCCACUAGGCCUCAUUCGAGACCGAGGCCAGCAUUCGGCAUAACUAGUGUGAUGGCAGCCGGAGGAAUCUCCCCAGCACAGCCGGGCACCAAGCCUGUACCACCUCGGAUUCUGCCCACGGCCAGUCAGUUCACAGGAGGCCCCUCGGGCACGCGUGUGCCCAGAGCCGCUUUCACCCCACACCCUGGGCCAGCAGGCAGCGCUUGGUUGUGUUGGGUUUGGAGAAGCUCCUGGAGAAGCCUGAGAGGACCUGCUUUCUGGGGAAGGUUUCAGAUUCCUUCCCCUCUUUUGAGGCAACACAAGAUCCACUCUCCAAAUGAGAGGCUUUUCAUGAUUUUCUUUAUUGGCCACAGUUACAAGGACAAUCAUUUAAACAACGGACGGUGUAGAAAACAGCUGUUAUCUCAACCCCGACCCAUGGUUCUUCUGAGCUGGCAGAGAGCUUUUCACGGAAUGUAACAAGGUGUAUUUUAUAGAAAACUUCUAAGUUACAAGUCCAUGCUUUUAAGUUGUCUCUGGGAGCGCAAACCCUCGAUCCAGUGUUUGAGUA